GUCCAGCCUACCAUAACGAGACCACGAAUAAUGUACUUUUAUUUUAUAUUUUGAUUUGUGCUAGAGAUUUUCUAAAGAAGAUCUUUUUCUACAGUUGACUUUUCUUUUAUUCCAUGCGAUCCGUAAAUGUUGUUAUUCUUUUUGUUCUUGUUUUUCUUUUAAACUGAUAACCCAAUCACAACAGUGUUACGGCCAGGAAGACGUACUGCAGUAGUCACAAAUAGGUGUAAAGAAUAUUAGAAUAAACAGUUUGUUAAUUUCACUAUUUCACAAUUUAAAAAACUUAAAAGACAUUUAAUCGUGCAAUCGCGCUAUCAUCAUAAAUCAUGUCGUCAUCAUCUAGACAUCAUGCUAGAUCAAAGGAUUUAUACGAUAAUAAAACGAAUAUUGAUGAACAAAGAAGACAUAAACAACAUAAACAUUCGUCAAAAAAGAAAUCUAAAUCAAAACAUAAGAGUAGACGAAGGUCAUCAUCAAGUGACUCCUCGUCGAGCAAUGAUGAGGCAAAAUUGCUACAACGUUUGCAACAAGAAAGACUUAGAGUUGCUGAAGAAAGAAAACAACAAAAGGAAUUAAUUAAAGGUAUGGAGACACCAGAGGAAAAGCGGUUUAGGCGUUUGAUGAAGAAAACAGCUAAAGAAAGAAAACGAAAAGAGCUAAUGGGUUGGGAUAAUGAUUACCUUCAUUAUACAAAUGCUGACAAUCCAUUUGGUGAUGCAAACUUGCUGUCUACAUUUGUAUGGGAUAAAAAAAUGGCCAAAGAUGGUUUGGUAGGGGUUAGCCAUGAAGAACUAGAAUUAAGGAACCGACAAAAAAUGGAAGAAAACAAACGAGAAUUAGAAAAAGUAAAAAAACGAAGAAUGGAAAGAGAAACAGAAAGGCAACAAAGAGAAGAUGAGAUGGCAUUACUACAAAGAAGUAAAGAAGCAGCACAAUUUAAAGAAUGGGAAAAAAGUGAAGAUCAGUUUCAUUUACAGCAAGCUCGUUUGCGAUCUACUAUUCGUAUUGAAGACGGCAGAGCUAAACCAAUUGAUCUUCUUGCUAAAUACAUAAGUACAGAAGAAGAAGUAGAUGCAGUUGAAAUGCACGAACCUUAUAUUUACUUAAACGGUUUAAAACUCAAAGAUUUAGAAGAUCUUGUAGAAGAUAUCAAAGUUUACAUGGAACUUGAAAAGGGAAAAAACUUUGAAUACUGGAAUGAUAUAACAGUCAUUGUAGAAGAUGAAUUGCAUAAAAUGAGAAGAAUACAAAAACAAUCAGCUUUCACAGCUGUUGGUCGAAGAGAAGGAAUCCAUCAAUCAGUAGCUCAUGAAGUGGCUCAUAUUUUCCGAGGUAAAACUGCUGAACAGUUGGACCAACUAAAAACACAAAUUGAAAAAAAAAUCAAUAGUAAAGCUGAAGGUGUUGAUAUUGGGUAUUGGGAAACUUUAUUAUCUCAACUAAAAGCUCAUGUUGCAAGAGCUCGACUUAGAGAUCGACAUCAAGAAAAUCUAAAAAAAAAAUUGGAAGUUUUAAAAGCACAGCAAAAGAUGGACGAUUCUAAAUUUGAUCCAGAGGAAGGAAAUAGUCAUAAAACCCAACAACAAUUGCCUAAAGUUAAUGAGCCAUCAGGGCAAGAUCAACCAUCAACCUCUACCAAAAAAUCUCCCUCUAGAAAAGAAAAAAUCCUAAGUUCUGAAGAAGAUAUAAGUGAUGCUGAACAAGAAGCCAGAAAUAUUAUAGAAGAAUGUGCUGCAGAUUUUGAAGCCUGUGGGUAUAGCCCCGUAUAUAUUUCUCCCAAUAGCUUAGAACUUGGCACUUUAGUUGUAUCAGAAAUUGAUGACGAAAAACGGCUGACGUUUGCUAGACUGCAAGUACAAGGCACAGGGACACGUAUUGAAAACGUAAUGGCUGUAGAAGAAAUGGCGUUGCAAAAAGAAGCUAGGAAGGGAAUGACAAAUGAAGAAGCAGAAUUCUCAGUGGAAUCUGAAUUGGACCAUCAAGUUUACUUAUGGUCAGAUAAGUACAGACCACGAAAACCUAGAUAUUUUAAUAGGGUACAUACUGGAUUUGAGUGGAAUAAGUACAAUCAAACUCAUUAUGACAUGGAUAAUCCUCCGCCAAAAAUUGUUCAAGGAUACAAGUUUAAUAUAUUUUAUCCAGAUUUAAUAAAUAAAGGUUCAACUCCACAAUAUUUCUUGACCGCUUGUGGAGAUAACCCAGAAUUUGCAGUCUUGAGAUUUCAUGCCGGUCCUCCAUAUGAAGAUAUUGCAUUCAAAAUUGUCAACAGAGAAUGGGAAUAUUCAUACAAAAGAGGAUUUCGUUGUCAGUUUCAUAACAAUAUAUUUCAACUAUGGUUUCAUUUCAAAAGAUAUCGAUAUAGAAGAUAAUUACAAUUUUUUCUUUUUUUUUAUCAUUAUGUUUGUAUAUAAAUUGAUUAAACUACAACUUAUAUGGUAUUCAUUCAUUUGUUUAUUCAUUAAUCAUUAAUAAAAAUAACAGUCUUUUGAAAAAAUAUUAAAA